AUGGUGAAAGCCACCAGCGUAAAAGACGUGGACCAGCAUGAAGCUGUGAAGCAAAUCGCUCACUUCCUCAAAAAGAGUGGCAAGGUGAAGGUUCCCGAGUGGUCAGACAUCGUCAAACUUGGAACUAAUCGGCAGCUUGCUCCCGUUGAUCCUGAUUGGUACUACAUUCGCACCGCCAGCAUUGCUAGACGUCUCUACAUUCGAUCUCCAGCUGGUAAUAUGGUGAAAGCCACCAGCGUAAAAGACGUGGACCAGCAUGAAGCUGUGAAGCAAAUCGCUCACUUCCUCAAAAAGAGUGGCAAGGUGAAGGUUCCCGAGUGGUCAGACAUCGUCAAACUUGGAACUAAUCGGCAGCUUGCUCCCGUUGAUCCUGAUUGGUACUACAUUCGCACCGCCAGCAUUGCUAGACGUCUCUACAUUCGAUCUCCAGCUGGAGUUGGUGCUUUGCGCACUGUUUUCGGUGGAAAGAAAGGACGCGGUUCUCGACCUAACCAUUUCAAGAAAGGAUCCGGCUCCGUAGUGCGCAAGGCCUUGCAGACCCUCGAAGCUAUCAAAUGGGUUGAGAAACAUGCAGAUGGCAAGGGUCGAGUCUUGUCAAAGCAGGGAAGAAAGGAUUUGGAUCGAAUUGCAACCGAACUUCGUCAGCACGUUAAACCGAUUGAGCUCUAA